AUACUUAAAUCCUUUCCCUCUUUCCCUCUUCCCAACUUUUGGGUUUGGUUUUCCCCAGGCUUUGAUUUUUUUGCUCCUAAACUGUUUCAUUCCUCUGAGAUAAUUUUGGGCAUUAACAUGGAAAAGCAGGGUUGAGAUUGUUUCUUCACGACGCUGAUUUCAAAAAUUGGAGUGAAAAAAAAGAAGUUUUUCCUGCUCCUCAUACUACUGUUUAUUCGCCAGCAUUGGUAUGUCAGAAACUUCUAGGGGUUUGGGUGCUCCAGCUGAAAACAAUAUGUUAGGACCAGAUUUCUUUGCUUUUUAUAUGCGUGAGUUAGCAGAUUUGGUAUCAGAGGAGGAGAAUUUGCUGGCUUUCUUUCCAGAAAGUUUGGACCUAGUGAGAAACAUUCCCGGGGUUGCUGGAGAAGACAGUUUAACCGAGAAUAGGCUGGACGGCUGCAAUUUCAAACAGAGCAUUAAACCUACUGACUCUGCUCCCUUAUUUUCUGAUGCUAUUGGAUCUCAGCUUUCAGAUUUCCGGAAAGAAAGAUUGAAGUCACUGGCUCGCAGAAGUCUCUUAACCUUUACAAAAGAAGUUGAUGAGAUGUUAAUUCCUAUACUUCGUAUAUGUCGGACGCAAUCUUUGCUGAGAUACAAAGAGAGCAUAUUGAGCCUUCCUGAUACUUCAAAUGUGGCUAAUGAAGAGUUUAAUCCUCAAAAGAAGCAAGAAGUGUCAGCUUCCUGUCUCAUUGAUGAUGAUUUGCGACGACUCCUGGAGCAUGAUAGCACAAAAGUUGAGGAGGUGAUGAAGAGGCACGCUGAUGAACUCUUCAAAACGAUUGGAUACAUGGAGCAGAAACUUGAAGAAUUUCUUGAUCUUUUGAUGUCAAACUGCAGGUUAAUGACCCUGACAGAGAAGCAAGAGCUUCGGAAGUUGAUCAAGAAUCUACCCCCAAGAAACAUGGAGCGCAUCGUGGAAAUUAUCCGACGUAGUAGACCAUCAGCGAAAUGUUCAUGUGACGAGAUACACGUGGAUUUAGAAGAAGAGGAUUUCUUCCAGUUUGAUUAAUUGAAUUCUAAUGUGACACUUUGGUAGAGCAAGGAAACACUGUGGAGAUUGUAUUACUACGUGGAAGCUGUUGCGAAUGCUAGGAAGCUUUGCGAGGCUCAAUGAAACAUGCAAAAGCCUAGCCUUCCCACUAUUUUUUGCUUUUUCUUCUUUAUGAAGAGUGUAAAUCUCUGCUACUGCAGGUGACCUGGCUAAGUGUUGGUUUUUCAAGUUUUCAUCGUACCGUCUUUCUUUGAAUCGGAUUCGGAUUCCACAGGUUUAGCUGGCUGUGCAGUGUAGAUUUGUACAUGAAUACUGGAAAUUUUGCAUGCUGACGUACAGUCUCAUGCUGCGAUUUUAGCUAUUCCCAUGAAUGAGAAUGACUUUGAUCCUAUA